GAACGGAUCCUUUACUCUAUGCUUGCAUAUUUCAUUAUGUUGCAUAAAUAAUGCAAGUAAAUCUGAAAGACACAAAAGCCACAUAGCCACAGGUUGGCAGAACAAAGAAACAGAUACAAGAGAUUGGGCUUCAGUGCUUGAAGGUGUAAAAGCAGAGCUAGGUUUAAUACAUGGCAAAAGUCCACACAAUUCCAGUGGAAAACUAAGUUAGUACAAAAGAAGAGGAACUGAAUCAGCUUGCCAGUGUUGUUGGACUGAAAAGAAAGAUUCUGCUACCCUGUCUUCUGAUUUGUGUUGUUGGAAAGGAUUGAGGAUAACUAACUGUAGGGGAAGAGAAGUUAGAGAGAAAUUUGGUUUUCAUUUGACUUUGGUCAUUCUUGUUCUUACUUUGCUCACUCCUAGUAGGAUAUCUAAUUUAUUUUUUUUUUUAAUAAGAGAAUAAGAUAACUGUACAGAUGUGCUUUUAAAUUGAAAAGAAGACAAAACUCAGAUUUCUCAGAGUAGAGAACUGGGCUUAUAUCUAAACAAAAUAUCAUAUAUCAAAACCCCACCAUUUUUGGUGGGGUUUAGUUAAGAUAGGUUAUUCAAAAAGACAGUAGAGGGUGACAAGAGGACAGGCUUGUGGCAGGUGAGUUUGUGCAUGCUCUUAUCCAUCUUUCAUUUGGUAAACAAACUGGGCAGCAUAAGUAACAAACUUACUGCAAACCCAAGGUAUUUUUCUUCAUGCUUUCUGCCAUCUGCAGUGCUUUUUUCUGCAUUAUAUUUUUAUUAGCAUUCUAUGAAAUUAGCCAGGCCUUUCUCAACUAGACCAAAGGUACACCUUCCAUGAAGUUUCAGUCGAGUCACACAUCUGUAUUUAUAUGAUGGACUGGUUUUGUUCAGAUUGAGACCUAGAAUUUAAUACCAUUACUAUGCAGUUUUAUCACUGACAUAAUUGAAAGCAUUUUCUUUUGAUAUUUAUAAAUUGGCAUUGAGUUACAAUUUAGACCAUGAAAGAAUCCUGUACAAUUAUUUUAUUGGGGCUUUUCCCCUUAAUCAUAUACAAGGUAUGACUGGAUUGCUUAAUAUGUACAAUUUAAGUAUAGUAAAGACAAGUUGCUAGUUCUUAGGUUACCUAUUGCAAUUAAUUAUUGAUAAAGGAAACAAACACCUUCAAAUAUUCUGCAAAUCUGUGUCUUUUCCCUCUGUUGUUAUCAACUGCAUAGUUUUCAUAAGAAACCAAUGAAAGGGUCUUUACUGGUGCUAGGGGAAGAAAAAAAAAAAAAGCAGUGGCUGAUUUUUUAUCUUACGCCUUGGUUAUCUCAUUGUGGUUCUGAUGAGCUAGGUAAGUCUCAAAGAGUAAGUUUAUAGGUCACUUCAUAGAGUCAAUGCCCUGGCAUUCUUGGCCUCCCAAUGAGCUGUUAAACUGGAGAAGUAGUAAUUAAAUAUGGUACUCUGGUACAAUGCACACGGUACUGACUCCAGCUCUCUGAUUUUAGGUUCCUCAGAAGACGAUGAGGUCAUUCAAGAAGGUCUCCUCAUGCUCAGGGGCGAGUAAAGGUGGAGACGAGCCCGGAAAGUUGCCGGAGCAGGAAGAAGAGGAGGAAUCCCAGGUUUUGCACGGAACCGGCCAUUGCAAAUGGUUCAAUGUGAGAAUGGGAUUCGGGUUCAUCUCCAUGAGCAACCGAGAGGGAAGCCCCUUGGAGUCUCCAGUUGAUGUCUUUGUACACCAAAGCAAGCUUUACAUGGAAGGAUUUAGAAGCCUAAAAGAAGGAGAACCAGUGGAAUUUACUUUUAAGAAAUCUUCCAAAGGCCUUGAAUCAAUACGGGUAACAGGCCCUGGUGGGAGCCCCUGUUUAGGAAGUGAAAGACGACCCAAAGGGAAGACAGUACAAAAAAGAAAACCAAAGGGAGAUAGAGUUACGCAGGCUGCCUGUGACAGAGAAAGAAGAUGCUACAACUGUGGUGGCCUCGACCACCACGCUAAAGAAUGUAGUCUACCUCCGCAGCCAAAGAAGUGCCAUUACUGUCAGAGCAUCAUGCACAUGGUGGCUAACUGCCCCCAUAAAACUGUCUCACAGCAACCCACUAGUUCUCAGGGAAGACACGAAGCUGAACCGCAGCCUUCCACUUCUGCCUUCCUGAGAGAAGGAGGAGGAAUGCACGGCUACUCGUCUCCAUCAUACUCUCAGGAAGGCAGGUUGGAGGUCUUGGAGCGCUCAGGCAGGUCACCACAGGAAGCUUCGUCGAGUAAGUUGUCUGCAUCGCCUGAAGAACCAAACAGAAAGGGGCCUUCUGUUCAGAAAAGGAAAAAAACUUAAUACAUUUGUCAUAAUGUUCCAUUUUCUUUACCCUCUUGGGAUGUCUACCUCAUGCAAGUACAGGGGAAAUAAUUACAUUAUCGGUAGCUGACCUGGAAUUUUAACUACUGUUGAGUAACUGUGAAUAUUUUUUUUCUUUAAUAGACAAAUCACUCCAAGCAAAAUACAUUUGAGCAGGGUGCAUUAUGUCUGUAUGUGUGUAUGAGUGUGCAUGUGCGUGUAUGUAUGUGUACAUACCUAUAAAUAUAUAUUUUUCCAUCAGACCAUUCUCCAACUCCCACAAGACAUUACUGUGAAGCAAUAGGCACAGUAUCCACAAACGUUCCUGAACUCAUUCCUAGAACCCGUUUCCAAACAUGUUCAAAAAACAAACAAGAAAACCCAAAAAAAUCUCACUCAGAAAUAAACCAAACCUGAUAAAACACACCCAGAACUGAGACUGAGACUGUUACUUCUCUUGUAAAUGAAAGAAUACUUUCAUAUUUUAAAGCUGCCAUAUGGUACUAAAGAUACUAAGACAUCCCCCAUGCCAUCAAUUUGAGUUAUUUUCUUUUUAUCUCC